ACACCAGUCAGGGGGAGUUGUUCGCGCGUUCGCCGAAAAUCGCCGACGGUUCCGCGCACUAGGAACAUCAUGGAGUUAUUCUGUGGUGAACGACUGGAGGGAUCCCGGAGUCCUGUCGCCCCCAUCGCGCCUUGGGACAGCGCGGUAUCUUCGAAACGUGUCGUUGAGAAACUUUUGUAUCUUGAGGAUAAAUUCGCUGUCUCUCAGGACUAUUUCCUCACAGUGCAGUCGGAGAUAAAGCCUCACAUGCGAAAGGUUCUCGCGGGCUGGAUGAUGGAGGUGGCUGAGGAAGAGCACUGUGAAGAGUCCGUUUUUCUGCUGGCACUGAAUCUCGUCGAUCGUUUCCUGUCGAUAGUCGACGUGAAGAAGUCUCAACUCCAACUCAUCGGCUGCGUCACCCUGCUCGUGGCUUCCAAAAUGAGACAAUCUCGACCGCUGACCGUUGAUCGACUCGUCUACUUCAGUGAUUAUUCCAUAUCCGCCUCGGAAAUAAGGGCUUGGGAGAUGGUCGUUCUGAACGUUCUCGAGUGGAAUGCCGAAAACGUCCUCGCAAUCGACUACCUCGCGUCGAUUUUCGACGAAGUGGUCAGUCCCCCAUCGAUACCGGAGGUUCGGCGGAAAGCCUGUGGGAUCCUCGGUCUGCUUUCCAUCGAAAACGCUUUCAUGUAUCAUAAGCCCUCACUUCUGGCCGCGGCCUGCGUCGGCGCAGCGAUCAAAGGAUUCCAUUGGUGCCGGACACUGGUCUACCCCGACCACCAUUUCGACAAGCUGAUUGUCGCUCUCAGCUCGAUAGUGAACCUAAAAGCGGAAACUGUCGUUCGCUGCCUCAUGGAUAUCGAUGCCCUCGUGACGGUGCCUAGUUCUCCAUAUGCGGCUCAAGCGAAGAGCUCGCCUCCGAAGCCAGUGCCACCGUCUGGGAACGCGUUCCUCAACCAAGAGCAAAGUGCGGCUAAUCCUGCCGAUUGCACCACCCCGACGAAUCAAGAGGUUGUGAAAUUUCAGCCUGAGACACCAACAGACGUUCAAGAUGUCGAUUUCUGAGGGACCAGGCUCCCGAGGAGGGAUUGAGAUAGGAAACAGCCCGUUUAAAUUUGUUACAUAG